CAAUAAGAAAAAAAUAAAAUAAAUAAAAGUAAAGUAACCACCACCAUGUGUGGUAUUCCCAAAUAAAGUGAAACAACAAUUGAUUUGAAUGGGUAAAGAAGUGUGUAACAUAUGUACAUAUGUAUGUAUGUAUGUACAUAGUUAAAAAGAAAGAAUAUACAUAUUUACAUAAAUCGCAACUUGUCCACGCGUAAGCUACUGCAAUUCAAAUGUUUAGACAUUUAAAAAUUUCCAUGUCACUCAACAUUUCGUCACCACUACUACCACCGUGUCGUACGAGCAGCAAGAAGUUAAGUGCAGAAUAUCCUACCAGAAGCACAUACAAUUGCACAGUGGCAUUAUUGUGUCGAAACGACGCAUGCCUGCCCUCAGCCAGCAUAAGAAUUCAAAGAUGAGUAUGCCGUCGACGAAGGCGAAGUUAAUUUGCUGUCGUCAAUCCUUGUUGAUCUCUUUGCUUGUGUUAACUUUUGUUUGUGUACUACAAUUUGACCUCAUCCGUGCUGCAUUCGAAGAAGGCAACAACAACAAUGUUAAAAUUACCCAACAAAGUUUGGAAUUAACGCAGACAAUAAAUAUACAGCGACAGGAAUAUUUACAGAAACAAUGUGAAACAUUGGGUUAUGGCGCGAUGACAUUGGAUGAUUUAACCGAGGAACAAAUGGAUCAUAUGAUUGUGGAUAGAGAACAUAAGUUUCUCUACUGUUAUGUGCCCAAGGUGGCUUGUACAAAUUGGAAACGUGUACUAAUGAUCCUCACUGGAAAUUGGCAGAAUGGUACUGAUCCAUUACAAAUACCUGGCUCUUUGGCACAUUCGGUGGGCAUGUUCCAAAAGCUCUAUUCGCUCAGCGCUGAGGAACGCGCUCUAGUACUCUCAGAGUAUACACGCUUUAUUUUGGUGCGACACCCGUUGGAGCGUCUACUGUCCGCUUAUCGUAACAAAUUGGAAGGUGAUUCGGCGAGCGCACGCUACUUUCAGUCGCGUGUUGGCCGUCAAAUUGUGAAGACAUUUCGUGUUGGCGCCAAUAAUCGUUCACUGGAACAUGGCGAUGAUGUGAGCUUUGCAGAGUUUGUACAAUAUCUGUUAACACCAGAUGUUAGUCGCACCAACCAGUCUUACAAUGAACAUUGGGAACCUAUCUCGAAUCUCUGCAAUCCAUGUGUACUGAAAUACAACGUCAUAGGUAAAUAUGAAACUCUACUGGAUGACUCCUCAUUGGCAUUGCAUUUAGCUGGUGCAAACAAUCUUACAUUCCCCACUGGUCACAAGCCGUCCAGUACACGUGCACAUUUGCGUUCGUACUUUGAUCCGUUGCCCAUAAGCGCUAUACGACGGCUUUAUGAAAUAUAUAUGGAAGAUUUUCGCCUGUUCGAGUAUGGCUUGGAGGACGUACUUGGCUUUGAGUUUGGUUGAAAGAAUUUGGUCUUCUUAGAUGCAUCGAUGAUAUUUUAAUACAUAGCUCUUAUGGAUUUUUUGUACCAUUUGAACUAAAUAUUAUUUACCACAAUGACGCUUUACUUUUAUUAAUUGUGAUGAUGAAAAUCAAUAUAUAAGUAUGUACAUACAUAAUUUUAAUAAUAAUUUUUCUUUUUAAGUUGUUUUUAUGGCUAGUUUUACAAUCGUUGCGUACAAAUUCAAUAGGCAUGUAGUAGUAUGUAUAAGGUUAAGUGAUUGUAAAUUAAUUUAUUUAAAUGAAUUUGUGGAUUUUUAUUGUUUGGCUGAUAUUAUUCAUAUUAGGAUUUUGAAUUUUUGGUUUAUAAGAAUAAAGUAAGCGUUUUAAGAGAAUAAAG